GCGGCCGCGGGCGCGCCGCUGCUUCCUCUGUCCGUGGCCCCGGAUGCGCCGACCGGAGCGGCCCCGCCUCGACCCCCGCCCCCAGCCCUCGGCCCGAAGCGGCGGGACUGUGGUCCAGGCCCAGGCAGAAUAUCAUGUCAUGUCAGUGACCUGCGCUGUGUGAUCCUUGCGUCUGGCUCUGCUCCUUGGCAUCUUGCAACUCAUCGUGGUGUGGGUGCUUGGUAGCUUGGUAGCUUGGUCCUCAUAUCGCCAAGGAGUGCUCUAUCCCUUCUCCAGGUGAAGAUACAACUUUACUGUUUUAAGUUUAGGAACUUGAAUUCCCCUUCAGAGCUCUAGAGAACGUUAAGUUGGAUUAAAAAGGGGGGCGAUAAUGCACCAUGGCAGCGGCCCUCAGAGUGUCCAGCACCAGCUGCAGAGGUCUAGGGCCUUCACCAGCAGCGAAGGAGAAGAGCAGCAGGCCCACCCAAAUCCUCCCCAGUCCCCUGCCACGCCCUUUGCGCCAUCGGCGAGCCCGUCUGCACCUCAGUCUCCUGGUUACCAAGUUCAGCAGUUGAUGAACAGGAGUCCCGUGACUGGGCAGAACGUGAACAUCGCCCUACAGAGCGUCGGACCCGUGGUGGGAGGAAACCCACAGAUCACGCUCGCUCCUCUGCCACUCCCCAGCCCUACUUCUCCAGGUUUCCAGUUCAGCGCCCAGCAGAGGCGCUUUGAGCAUGGGUCUCCAUCGUACAUCCAGGUCACCUCGCCACUGUCCCAACAGGUGCAGACUCAGAGCCCCACCCAGCCUAGUCCUGGGCCAGGGCCGGGCCUGCAGAGCAUGCGGACAGGCACCCCUGGCCCUGGCCUGGGCCUUUGCAGCAGCAGUCCCACCGGGGGCUUUGUGGACGCCAGCGUGCUAGUGAGGCAGAUGAGCUUGAGCCCGUCUAGUGGCGGUCACUUUGUGUUUCAGGAGAGCUCGGGCCUUGCCCAGAUGGCUCCAGGUACCCAGGUGCAGCUGCAGCACACAGGGGCUCCCAUCGCGGUCCGAGAACGGAGACUGUCACAGCCCCAUGCACAGUCUGGGGGCACCGUCCACCACCUGGGACCACAGAGUCCUGCGGCUGCAGGUGCAGCCAGCCUGCAGCCCCUGGCCAGCCCUGGUCACAUCACCACAGCGAGCUUGCCACCCCAGAUCAGCAGCAUCAUCCAGGGCCAGCUGGUCCAGCAGCAGCAGGUGCUGCAGGGGCCGCCACUGACCAGACCCCUGCUGCCUGGGGUCGGGGUUGGGGUUGGGGGGGCCUCGGCCUUUGGGAUGACGUCCCCACCACCCCCCACCAGCCCCUCCAGGACUGCGGUGCCCCCGGGCCUCUCCAGCCUUCCUCUCACAUCUGCGGGGAGUGCAGGGGUACGAAAGGCCCCUAAGAAGUUGGAGGAGAUCCCCCCAGCAUCUCAGGAGCUGGCCCAGAUGAGGAAGCAGUGCCUGGAGUACCAUUACAGAGAAAUGGAGGCGCUAAAGGAGGCCUUCAGGGAGUACUUGGUCGAACUGUUCUUCCUGCAGCACCUUCAAGGGAACAUGAUGGACUUCCUGGCUUUCAAGAAGAAGCACUAUGCCCCGUUGCAAGCUUAUCUUAGGCAGAAUGAUUUGGAUCUGGAAGAGGAGGAGGAGGAAGAGGAGGAAGAAGAGGAGGAGGAAGAAAAGUCUGAGGUUAUCAAUGAUGAGGUAAAGGUUGUGACAGGAAAGGAUGGGCAGACUGGUACUCCCGUUGCUAUAGCAACCCAGCUUCCGCCAAAUGUUUCUGCUGCUUUUUCAUCCCAGCAGCAACCGCUUCAGCAAGCUCUCACAGGGGCCCUUGUGGCAGGGGCCGGAAGUGCGGGAGAGACGGACCCCUUUAAGAGGCAGCAGGCGGGGACCCCAGCAGAGCAGUCUAAGCGGCCUCGGCUUGAAGUGGGCCACCAGGGGGCAGUUUUCCAGCACCCAGGGGCGAACACAGGGGUUCCUCUUCAGCAGCUAAUGCCGACAGCUCAAGGAGGAAUGCCUCCUGCCCCUCAGGCCACUCAACUCGCCGGACAGAAGCAAAGCCAGCAGCAGUAUGACCCAUCCACGGGGCCUCCGGUGCAGAACGCUGCCAGCCUACACACACCCCCACCGCAGCUCCCUGGCAGGCUGCCGCCGACUGGCCUCCCUGCCGCGCCCCUCCCACCAGCGCUGCACUUCUCUCAGCAGCCACAGGUGGUGGAACCUCAUGCACAGCUCCAAGUCCCAGCGAAGACGCAGCAGCCAAAUGCCCCUGUCCCUGUUCCCCCACCCAGCCAGCUGCCCGCUCCACCACCACAGCCUGUGCCACAGGCCCUGCAUGCCCCGAUGCCUGGGAAAGCUCAGAUGCAGGCCGCUCCACUCUCGACCCAGCCACAGACAGCAUCAACAAGACCAUCGGUGGACCUUGCCCAGCCCUGUCAGCGGCCCCCGCCAGCCACCUCUUCUACCUCGUCCAUAGCUCCUGCCAGUGGCUCGGGCCUGUCACCAGCACGGGUCUCCGCAGGGAAUAGACCCUCCUCGGCAGCCAACAAGUCACUGUCUCCAGUCACCUCCCGGUCCCCGGGAGCAGCUGUGUCAGCACCCCCGAAACCACAGAGCCCAGCUCAGAAUGCUGCCCCACCCCAAGACAGCUCUCAGGAUAAGCUGGUAGAACAGAUAGCACUGGAAAACCAGAUUCAUCAGCGAAUAGCAGAUUUAAGGAAAGAAGGCCUGUGGUCCCUCAGGCGGUUGCCCAAACUACAGGAGGCUCCUCGCCCCAAAUCACACUGGGACUAUCUGCUGGAGGAGAUGCAGUGGAUGGCCACAGACUUUGCCCAGGAGAGGAGGUGGAAGAUGGCUGCAGCCAGGAAGCUCAUCAGGACUGUGGUGCGUCAUCACGAGGAAAAGAAGCUUCGUGAAGAGAGGGGAAGAAAAGAGGAGCAGAACCGACUGAGACGAAUCGCUGCUUCAACCGCCAGAGAAAUAGAGUGUUUUUGGUCAAAUAUUGAACAGAUUUCACUCUUUGCUCAGGUUGUGGAGAUAAAAUUACAAGUGGAAUUGGAAGAAAAAAGGAAGAAGGCCUUAACUUUACAGAAGGUUCCCCGGAGAGGAAAAGAGUCGAGGCCCAAGGGGCUUGAUGCAUUGCCAGAAGCUUUCCUGGAGUCAGGAUUGUCUGGAAGGAAGAGGAAAGCUAGCACAUCUCUGACUGAUGACGAAGUGGAGGACGAGGAGGAGACCAUAGAAGAGGAAGAAGCAAACGAGGGGGCUGUGGACCACCAGGCAGAGCUGUCCAAUUUAGCCAAAGAAGCUGAAUUGCCCUUAAUCGAUUUGAUGAAGUUAUACGAAGGAGCUUUUCUGCCCAGUUUCCAGUGGCCACAACCUAAACCUGACAGUGAAGAGGCCAGUGAAGAAGAAGAUGUGGAAGACUGCCCAGGUGACCAAGAGAGUCGGAAAGAUGUGGUUCUCAUAGACUCACUGUUCAUCAUGGACCAGUUUAAAGCUGCAGAGAGAAUGAGUAUCGGGAACCCUCACACAAAGGACAUUGCAGAGGUGACCGCUGUGGCCGAAGCUUUGCUGCCCAAGGGCAGUGCCCGGGUCAGCCCCACGGUGAAGUUGACUGCCCCAUCUCUGUUGUAUGGCGUGCUCAGAGAUUACCAGAAGAUUGGCCUUGACUGGCUGGCCAAACUCUACCGGAAGAACCUCAAUGGCAUAUUGGCAGAUGAAGCUGGGCUUGGUAAAACAGUACAGAUCAUUGCUUUUUUUGCCCACCUCGCUUGCAAUGAAGGCAACUGGGGUCCUCAUCUUGUGGUUGUGAGAGGCUGUAACAUCCUCAAGUGGGAGCUUGAGCUGAAGCGUUGGUGCCCUGGGCUCAAAACCCUCUUGUAUGUUGGCAGCCACAGAGAACUGAAAGCAAAGAGACAGGAGUGGACGGAGCCCAACAGCUUCAACGUGUGCAUUGCACCCUACAAGCAGUUCUUCAGGGGCUACGCGUCCUUCAUGCGUGUGCGCUGGCGGUGCCUGGUCAUUGAUGAGAUGCAGCGCGUCCGAGGCAUGACUGAGAGGCACUGGGAGGCCGUGUUCACCCUGAGGAGCCAGCAGCGCCUGCUCCUGAUCGAUGCUCCCCUGCACAACACCUUCCUGGAGCUGUGGACCAUGGUGCACUUCCUCAUCCCCGGCAUCUCCCGGCCUUACCUACACCUGCCCCUGAAGGCCCCGAACGACGAGAACCAGGACUACUACCACAAAGUGGUCAUCCGGCUGCACCGGGUGACACAGCCCUUUAUCUUGAGGAGAACUAAGAGAGAUGUGGAGAAGCAGCUGACGAAGAAGUACGAGCAUGUGCUGAAGUGCCGCCUGUCAAGUCGGCAGAAGGCCUUGUAUGAGGACGUAAUCCUGCAGCCCGGAACCCAGGAAGCGCUGAAGAGUGGGCACUUUGUGGAUGUGCUGAGCAUCCUGCUGAGGCUGCAGAGGAUCUGCAACCAUCCUGGGUUGGUGGAGCCCCGGCUCCCGGAGUCGUCGUACACAGCUGGGCCACUCCAGUACUGCUCUGCCUCCCUCAUCCUCAAGGCGCUUGACAGAGACUCUUGGAAGGAAACGGAUCUCUCUAUAUUUGAUCUCAUCAGCUUAGAGAAUAAAAUGACUCGCCACGAAGCAGAAUUGCUGUGUAAGAAGAAGGUAACGCGGAAACUCAUGGAGGAGCUGUUCACUGCACCACCGCCAUCAGGCAGGCCAGCAGCCCUUAGACUAAAACCCAACAGGUUGUUUCAGCCCGUGCAGUAUGGCCAGAAGCCUGAGGGUCGCACUGUGGCUUUCCCCAGCACACACCCACCCCGGACAGCAGCCUCUGCCACAGCCACGGCCAAUCCGCAGGGCCACAUGCGAGGACGUCCGCCGAUUGCCACAUUCUCUGCAAAUCCAGAUACGAAAGUGGCGGCAGCCCCGUUUCAGACCUCCCAGGCCUCCACCAGUGCUCCCGCUCCGAGACAGCCGCCGGCCGCGACCUCCAGCACAGCACCUAGCCCAGCCCAUCCUGCGAAACCGCGGGCCCCGCCCCCGCCCCCGCCCCAGGCCCCCUCGCACCCGGCCGGGCAGAGCACGCUGCCUCAGGGGCUGGUGCUCACCUCGCAGGCUCAGGCGCGCCUGCCCAGUGGGGAGGUGGUCAAAAUAGCCCAGCUAGCUUCCCUGGCAGGGCCACAAAGCCGAGUCGCCCAGCCAGAAACCCCAGUGACGCUGCAGUUCCAGGGGAACAAGUUCACCUUGUCCCACAGCCAGCUCCGGCAGCUCACUGCUGGCCAGCCCUUGCAACUGCAAGGCAGCGUUCUUCAGAUCGUAUCUGCCCCUGGGCAGUCCUACCUGCGACCACCAGGCCCUGUGGUGAUGCAGACCAUGUCUCAGGCAGGCGCCCUCAAUGCCCUGGGAAGCAAACCCCCGGCCGGCAGCUCAGUGCCAGUGACUGCACCAGUUGGUGUGCCUGGGCGAGUGGCAGUCAAUCCCCUGGCUGCAGGAGAACCUGGAAUGGCCUCCAAACCAGCCUCUCCUGUUGGAGGGCCAACCCAGGAGGAGAAGACUAGACUCCUGAGAGAGCGACUGGACCAAAUCUACUUUGUCAACGAACGGCGCUGCUCUCGAGCCCCUAUGUACGGCAGAGAUUUGUUGCGGAUUUGUUCUGUGGUUGGCAGAGAACAGACACCUUGGCCUGGGGCUUCUGAUAGCAGUCAGCAGAAGGGGACCGGGCCAGCGAGCAGUUACACGUCACCCUCAAAUGGUCAGAAGGACCUGAUUUUGACGCUGACCCAGCGGCAAGCCUGCCUGCAGGAUAUCAUUGACAGGGUGGUAUGUGUGAUCCCUCCGGUGGUGGCUGCACCCCCUUCCUUGUGGGUGGCGAGGCCGCCAUCCCUCUAUAGCCACAGGAUGAGGAUCUUGAGGCACUGCCUGAAAGAGCACAUAGCUCCCUACGCACAGCAGUUGCAGCGGAUGACGGCCCUACGCUCCCUACGAUUUCCUGAGCUCAGAUUGGUCCAGUUUGACUCAGGAAAGCUCGAAGCUUUAGCCAUCUUACUUCAGAAGUUGAAAUCCGAAGGACGUCGAGUGCUGAUCUUGUCACAGAUGGUUCUCAUGCUGGAUAUUUUAGAAAUGUUCUUGAACUUCCAUUAUCUCACAUACAUCAGGAUCGAUGAAAAUGCCAACAGUGAGCAACGGCAGGAACUGAUGAGGAGUUUCAACAGAGACAGGAGGAUUUUCUGCGCCAUUCUGUCAACCCAUAGCCGUGCCACAGGCGUGAGCCUGGUGGAGGCUGAUGCCGUGGUGUUCUAUGACAAUGACCUGAACCCCGUGAUGGAUGCCAAGGCCCAGGAGUGGUGCGAACGGAUUGGGAGGCGCAAGGAUGUCCACAUAUACAGGCUUGUGAGUGGUAACUCCAUUGAAGAGAAGCUGUUGAAAAAUGGAACCAAAGACUUGAUCCGGGAAGUAGCUGCUCAGGGCAAUGACUACUCCAUGGCGUUCCUGACACAGCGGACCAUCCAGGAGCUGUUUGAGGUGUGCUCUCCAACAGAUGACGCCGGCUUUCCAGUGAAGGCAGAGGAAUUUGUGGUCCUUUCUCAAGAGCCUUCUGCCACAGAAAUCAUUGCACCCAAAAUUGCAAGACCUUUCAUUGAGGCCCUCAAGAGCAUUGAGUAUCUGGAAGAAGAUGCCCAGAAACCUGAGGAGGAAGCUGUGCCAGGGUCACCCGGCACCAACAGCCCGAGGUGGAGUGAAGAGCCAUCUCAGCUGGAGGAGUUAGCUGACUUCAUGGAACAGCUUACACCUAUUGAGAAAUAUGCUCUGAAUUACCUGGAAUUAUUCCACACGCCAACUGGCCCAGAGAAAGAGGGCAGCAGCGAGGAUGCCGUGUUGACCGCUGUGAGGGAGUGGGAGGCCCAGAACGUGAGGGCCCUGCAAGAGCGGGAGGCACGGGCGCUGCAGGAGCAAGAGCAGGAGCAGCUUCUCACCUAUACGAGGGAGGAUGCCUACAAUGUGGAAUACGUCUGUGAAGGCGCCGAUGGGCAAGUAGAAGUCAUGCCACUCUGGACGCCGCCCACACCCCCCCAGGAUGACAACGACAUCUAUGUGGACCCGGUCCUGUGUCUCACGUAUGAGAGCACUCCCAUCCCAGAGUCCAAGCUGCCUCCCGUGUACGUGAGGAAGGAACGCAGGCGGCACCGCACGGACCCCUCAGUUGCAGGCAGGAAGAAGAAGCAGCGCCACGGGGAGCCAGUUGUCCCUCCUCGCUCACUGUUUGACCGUGCGACACCUGGCAUGUUGAAAAUGCGACGGGAAGGGAAAGAGCAGAAGAAGAACAUUCUGUUGAAGCAACAAACACAGUUUGCCAAGCCUUUGCCAACUUUUGCCAAGCCAACAGCUGAGUCGGGCCCAGAUAAUCCCGAGUGGCUCAUCAGCGAGGACUGGGCACUGCUGCAGGCUGUGAAGCAGCUCCUGGAACUGCCCCUGAAUCUCACGAUUGUGUCCCCGGCCCACACGCCCAACUGGGACCUUGUCAGUGACGUCGUCAACUCCUGCAGCCGCAUCUACCGCUCUUCCAAGCAGUGCCGGAGCCGCUACGAGAACGUGCUCAUUCCGAGGGAAGAGGGGAAGAGUAAGAACAACCGACCCCUGCGCACAGGACAGCUGUACGCCCAGGACGAGAAUGCCACGCACACGCAGCUGUACACAAGCCACUUUGACCUGAUGAAGAUGACGGCCGGCAAGAGAAGUCCCCCCAUCAAGCCUCUGCUUGGCAUGAAUCCCUUUCAGAAAAACCCCAAGCACGCCUCCGUGUUGGCAGAAAGCGGGAUCAACUACGACAAACCACUGCCUCCCAUUCAGGUUGCAUCUCUCCGAGCAGAGCGAAUUGCCAAAGAGAAAAAGGCGCUGGCCGAUCAGCAGAAGGCGCAGCAGCCACCCGUGGCACAGCCCCCACCACCCCCACCACAGCCGCAGCCCCCGCCACCCCAGCAGCCUCCCCCACCUCUGCCCCAGUCUCAGGCGGCAGGCAGCCAGCAGCCUGCAGGACCGCCAGCCGUCCAACCGCAGGCCCAGGCGCAGCCCCAGGCGCAGCCCACACAGCCCCCACCGAAGGUGCCUCCCGCGAUCACAACAGUGGGCAGCGCCGCUGUGCUGCAGGCCGGAGCCAUUAAAACAUCUGUCACGGGGACAAGCAUGCCAACGGGCACAGUGAGCGGAAAUGUCAUCGUCAACACCAUCGCUGGGGUCCCUGCUGCCACCUUCCAGUCCAUUAACAAGCGCCUUGCUUCGCCUGUGGCACCAGGAGCCUUGACUACCUCUGGAGGCUCUGCUCCUGCCCAGGUAGUCCACACCCAGCCUCGAGCGGUUGGCUCCCCGGCCACAGCCACAUCCGACCUUGUGUCGCUGGCACCAACCCAGGGUGUUCGAGCAGUUACUUCUGUGACAGCCUCAGCUGUGGUCACUACCAGCCUGACUCCAGUACAGACUCCGACCCGGUCUUUGGUGACUCAGGUGUCGCAAGCCACAGGAGUGCAGCUGCCUGGGAAGGCCAUCACACCUGCACACUUCCAGCUUCUCCGGCAGCAGCAGCAGCAGCCCCCACCGCCACCGCCCUCUCAGGUGCAGGUCCCGCAGAUUCAGGGCCAGGCCCCGUCACCGGCACAGAUCAAAGCUGUCGGCAAGUUGACCCCGGAACAUCUGAUCAAAAUGCAGAAGCAGAAACUGCAGCUGCCCCAGCAGGCCCCCCCACCGCAGGCCCCGCCAGGGCCCCCACAGCCCGCUACACAAGUGCAAGUGCAGGCCCCGCCACCCACGCCGCAGCAGAGCCCCCAGCUGGCCACGGUCACGGCCCCGCGGCCCGGAGCCCUGCUCACGGGCACCACCGUGGCCAACCUCCAGGUGGCCCGGCUCACCCGGGUUCCCCCUUCGCAGCUGCAGGCGCAAGGGCAGAUGCAGGCUCAGGCGCCCCAGCCCGCUCAGGUGGCGCUUGCGAAGCCUCCAGUGGUGUCCGUGCCUGCGGCCGUGGUCUCCUCGCCAGGUGUGACGACCCUGCCCAUGAACGUUGCUGGGAUCAGCGUGGCCAUUGGGCAGCCACAGAAAGCCGCAGGACAGACCGUCGUGGCUCAGCCUGUACAUGUCCAGCAGCUGCUGAAGCUCAAGCAACAAGCUGUGCAGCAGCAGAAAGCCAUCCAGCCGCAGGCCGCUCCGGGCCCUGCAGCAGUCCAGCAGAAGAUCACCGCACAGCAGAUUGCUGCUCAAGGCCAACCACAGAAGGUCACCUAUGCCACCCAGCCAGCCCUUAAAACCCAGUUCCUUACCACACCCAUCUCCCAGGCCCAGAAAUUGGCUGGGACCCAGCAGGUGCAGACGCAGAUCCAGGUUGCAAAACUCCCUCAAGUCGUCCAACAGCAGACACCUGUGGCCAGCAUCCAGCAGGUGGCCUCUGCUUCCCAGCAGGCUUCCCCGCAAACGGUGACCCUCACUCAGGCAACAGCAGCCGGGCAACAGGUGCAGAUGAUCCCCACAGUGACGGCGACAGCACAGGUGGUGCAGCAAAAGCUCAUGCAACAGCAAGUUGUGCCAACCGCAGCGGGCCAGCUGCAGAGCCCUGGAGUCCCCAACCCCGCCCAGGUGCCGGCCAGUUCCGACAGCCCCAGCCAGCAGCCCAAGCUACAAAUGAGAGUCCCUGCCGUCCGCUUGAAGACACCCACCAAACCUCCGUGCCCCUAGGUACAGCAGCAGGUUGGCCUCGGGAUGGGCCACCGUGCACUCUACCACCUAGCCAAAAGUGGGUAGAUUUUAUUUAUUGUUGAACCGUGGGACAGUGUCAUUUGAGGUGUUCACCUGGGAAGUUAUAAUGGAAACAAAGUAGUGUCAUUGUUUUAUUAUCUUGCUUCCUACACCACGGGGGUUGGGGGGGUGACCUGCGUUAAGCACCCCCUUUUCUGUAUUAGGUGACCAAUGGAGGAAGUGAUGUUGGCCGUUGAAGCUCCUCACCUCUCCCCCAGAGCAGUAGUGCAGGGUCCUGAAAGGCAUGUAGAAUAUCUCCUAAGGUUAGUGUGCAGUGUUCCACAUAUCACCACAUGGGAGUGUGCAGUGAGUCAUAAAAUGGACUUCCUGAAGCUCAGAUGUGGUCUUUGGCAGCAUCCACCUCUGCCCAGUUCCGUAUCCCUCACUGAAAACGUGUUCUGGUCCUUGGGGAGGAGAGAAUAUCUGAGGAAGCCAAUGUGAUUUCUUCUUUCCCUCCUAAAGUGGGACUUGUUUGAGCAGACGUCUGAAGGAGGUAUUUAGUAGUGACACCCAUCCAGGCACAUUCAUGACCUGCUUCCGGCCGUGGUGAAGGCUUACCAUCCCCGAUUGAAUUGUCAUUCCAAAGAGCAGCCAGUGUGGCUGCCCCCAGGCCCUCCGCACAGUAUGACUGCUGUCUACCCCCGCAUAUCCGGGAUAUUCUCCCAGCUUUUGGAUGAAGCUUGUGUUUGAAUGUAGUGCACUGAAGCCACUCCAGAGAACCUUGUGGAGCUCCUGUCUCAGGCGGGUUUGGGGCCCCAACUGCUGUGUGAGGGGCGCGGUGCCGGUGAGAGUAGGAUGCCUGUCACCGCCCCCUCGCUGUCCUGCCCAUCCCAGGCAUGAUCUGCUGAUGGGAGAGAAACCUCCAUGUACAGAGUAUUUAUGAACCUGCAAGUAUCACCUACAGAAAUGGGCAUAGUGAGCUCUUCAGCAUAGACUGGUAAUGCCAGAUUUCUGUUUCUUGUGAUGCCUGUGUCUUAUAUGUGAGCAGAUGUGUUCCCUCAUGGUUCUGUGUAAAGUGGGGAACCUGUGCAGUAUUUGGGAGUGAGAGGGUGGUGCAGUUGAGGGGCAAAGAGGAGGUCCCAUGUUUGCCUGUUUUAUUUUUUCACUAUGGCAGGCUAAUCUAGAAGUGUUUGCAGUGGGCGUGAUGGGCAGAUGAUGUCUGCUUACCUGGAUGCUCACACCCAGGCAGACGUGCAUGUCCAAUGACCCCCUCUGUUCUGUCUCUGUCCCUCUGAUAUUACUUGGUCCAGAAGAUCAGCUUGUGUUGGGUCUGUGUGGGCAUUCUGAGAGUGAAUUUUAGCUAUUAAUUUUAUCUGUCCUCUCCCAUGUACCACUUUAAGUGCCACGAAGGAACCCGGACUGUAGUUUUGGUUUCCCAUCGAUUUUCAUCAGCAGUAAUAUCAUGGCAUUUACUGAAGCAGCUAGGCAGCUCAUUAUUGAGCUCUGGGUGAGAAAUUUGGAAACAAGUAAAAAUCAAAUGUUGAGAAGAUGGAAGGGACUUAACAUUUUAGUUAACUCGAAUAUGUCGAAACAGUACCGUGACCUGUUCCCACACCAACACUGGUUGGUUCUGGCAUGGCCAGUGCUGUCCCGAGGACAGAGUGCACAGGAAGGCUAUGUGCGCACUCAGGGGACUCCUGCUCUCUUUUACCCCCAAACCUGCGGAGCUGCAAUGUGGAAGGAUGAUCUUGUUUCAGCUUCUUGGGAUUUGUGCACCCUGUUCUUCUGCCCUUCGUCCUUGUUGGGGCACUGGCAGCUUGCUCUGAGGAGGAAGAGAUGCUGGCUGCACCUGCUUUAGAGCACCCUGCACGGAGCUGCUAGAUGGAGCCUUCCCUUUGUCUGGAACCCCAGGAGGGAGUGCAGAGCAUCUGUCAGAACUUAUCUGGGGUGGCAGCGUGUGUGGCAUGGGGAGUAAGACAGUGAGAGCCCCUCGUGUCCCAGGGUGUGUCCUUCAUUGGCUUCCUCAUGCAGAACACGGAGCAGUUGUGUGACUUGUGUCCUUCCUGCAGGCUCUGGUAGGUGCUCCAGGAAACCUCCUCCUCCCUGGGUGUGGUUUUCUCAGUCUUCUGUUGUCAACAGUACACUGUCCACGUUUCAGAGAUGAGCAUAAGCCUGGAGGUUGUGCAUACCUCCUCAUUGGUCCUGUCAGCAGAGUCCUGCAUCGCCCAAGAACCGGUGUUCCUGCCAGGACAGCGUGGGAGGUCUGGAAGUCACAAUGGCCGCCAGAACACUGUCUGACUCCACCUGGCUGUGUGGAGCACUGGCACCUGUCCUUCUCUACUCAGAUCUUGGCUCUAACUAAGCUGAGGCUGUUUUGGGGGCACCCCUGGAGAGCAAGAAGCUGAACCUGCACAUGCAGGAACAUGGGGCUGUGUGAGGCAGGGCUCACCUGUGUGCAUCUUCACCACUUUCUGUGCCAGACAAUUGUUGGGUUUAAACAUAAAGGAAGAAGACUGAAGCUGUACAUACUUUGUAAACAUACCCAUUUGUACUUGAAUAGUAGGCUUUUAAAGAGGGCACGGAUACCCGCCAAACAAAAGGUAUAAUAAAAUGACCUUUUUAUAUGUU